AUGAUAACGUCACAGCCGGUCUUGUUUGAAAAACGUCACAGGAUAUUCUUGGCAGGAUAUGUGUCUUGUACAACUCGUGUGACAUCACAUGGAGGAAAAGAGUCGGGGUCAGAUCAUGUGAACGAGCUGGGCGGGGCUCAAGACGCAGCGGCAACGCCGCCAGUGCGCCUGCGCCGAGGCGAGCCGAGCAGCGGCGAGUGUGCGCGAUCCUUGCCGAGCGCAGCGCAGGCCGCGGCCAUUAAUUACCUGCGCGAGAUGCCCGCCGCGAUAGCAGCCGGUGCAGAGGUGGCUUCCUGGCGCGAGCCCCCUCGCUCCCACGGCUGCUGCUCCUCGCACCCUGAAAGCAUUAAUCCAUACAGUAGUGGCUGCAGGACGGGAAGAGAUAGCGGAGGGUCUGCUUGGGCUCAGUUGACAUUCUACGGUGGCAGCCAAGAGGGCCGCGCAGGAGUCGACGCGAUGCUGGCGCCUGUAGUGGCGGUUCUGGCGCUCAUCGGCGCGGCGUCGACAUCAGCUCAGGUCCCGCGCAUCGUCGGCGGCACCAACGUGUCAAUCGAAGAGGUCCCGUGGCAGGUGUCCGUCCAGAAAGGAGGCAGUCACUACUGUGGUGGUUCCAUCAUCAGCAAGUCAUGGGUACUCACCGCAGCCCACUGCAUCUUUGUGACAUACAGUUACCAGAUUCGCGCCGGCACCGCCAACUUGGAACAAGGCCAACUAUACUCUGUCGUAAGGAAAACGAUACACGAGAGGUACAACGUGCUGGCGUACGACUGUGACGUGGCGGUCUUGAAAAUACGAGGAGAGUUUCAGCUGGGAGAGAAAGUCAAGAUAGUGCGUCUGGCGACCUCCCGUCCGCAGGAGGGUGCUUCAGUGCUGGUGUCUGGGUGGGGGGCGAUGUCGGAGGGAGGCAGCAUAUCGAACUUCCUGCUCGCCACCACUGUGAAGGUGGUAUCCGUGUACAAGUGCCGGAUGUGUUACCCCAGCGUGGGGCUGACGAACGUCAUGAUGUGCGCCGGGGUGCCCGCUGGCGGCAAGGACUCGUGCCAGGGCGACAGCGGCGGCCCCCUCGUCCACGGCAAGAAACUCGUCGGAGUCGUCUCCUUCGGCAAGGGCUGCGCGCGACCUGGCUAUCCGGGCGUCUAUGCGGACGUGGUUUCGCUACGCAAGUGGAUCACCCAAAAAGCCCGCAUCAAGUAA